UGGAGCAGAUGUUCGUGUCUCUUUCUCUCCCCCUCAUCGCCUUCCUUGAUCCAUUCGCACCCGCAGGGAUUCCAUCCUUGCUGCGAAGUAAACCCGCACAGACGAGAGCACUUGAUUCCUGCUGUUGUUGUCGCUGUCGUUAUCCACUCUUUCCAUAUUCUCUCCAGAAAGUAGUGCUACACCGUGGAAGAAUUACCGGUAACCACAGACAAAAGAACAGAGAAAGUGAAGCGACAAUAGAUCUCCUCUGCCUAGCCCUCUCGAAUAUAGCUCUUGUUGAACCUAGAUGAGGUGAACAAACCGGCGUCAUGAAUCCACUUCCAAAUUCAGAGCAGCUCCAGAUUCAACGCUUGCGAGCACUGCUCAAAAGUAAGGAACAAGACCUUGAGUUGGCGAGACAACAGAUCUCCCAAUUAAAGAGUUCAGCCCACCAGCCGCAAUCAACCCUCUUAUCGAGCCCAGAUAUCACAGAGCAUUCUACUGAUGCACAUGGUGACAUCCAACUGUCUGCUGUAUCUGUAAAUCAUAGAGUCGUCUCGCCAGGCAACACUGGCAGCAAGUGUCAUAGUCGCCGUCAUGUCGAUUCCCGAGCCUCACAGCAUCAAUAUCAAAAUGGUGACGAACCUUACCCUUAUGCUGUGAAACGACCGCGCACCAUGUCCCAGCAGGCUCCCUCGUCACAGAAGAUGGAUCGUGCUGCCUCAAACUUGUCUAUCAGGUCCGCUGGACCGUUCACUGGUAAUACGCCUGUAUCACCACUCCCGGCAUUUCAGCCGACCAAACAGCAAGCAAGAUAUACAGAGCAAGGCAACUACAUAGUUCACGGUAGUCAAAUAACAUCACAACCCAUUAGCAACCUGAUACAACAACAGGUCCCUGUGGGCAACCAGCACCAGCAGCAUGGGAUGUUCACUCUUGCUGACAUGGGAUCUCUUCCCACAGGCGUUCUCGUCGACCCUGCUGUUUGGUUGGCGGCACACGAAGAUGCAUCAUCUGAUUUCAUUACCCCCUUCUCUGGCACCUCCUACCCCGGCGACAUGGAUGCCCCCAACCCUAAUAUGAGUGUUUGUGGCUCUAUGACAUCUUGCCCUACCUAUGACAACACCGCUCCGAUGACGCGACAGAAUAGUCAGUUUGACAGCCCCUCUAUUGCAGGAGGAGUACGAAUGAUCGAGGUGGGCUCCCAGAUGUCGCACGGCCAAGAUACCUAUUCCCCCUCACAGCAGGCUCUCGAGUACGACGAAUCGUAUCUAGGAAAACCAUCCUCUCACGAGGAUGCCCUCUUUGCUGUCGGUUCGAGCUUAGAAACAUUUACGAGAGAGUCUUAUGCGUCGUCGACGCCCAAUGACGGGCUAUUGGUAUCCCCAGAUAUGGAACGAUCGCUCUCAAGCACGAGCGUCGCUAGCGCCAAGUCGACAUCCUCGUCGCUCAGUGCUCGUGCCAAAGUGACUUUGAAGGCGCAGAACCAUCGGGCCCUUAACGCACCUCUGAAGCCAAAACCGUCGAUCGACGAGAGCAAAGCUGAGCCGCCCUUGGACGAGAAGAAUGACGGUAAAGCCGCUAUCACCAAAACGAAGUAUGUUCGACCAAGGCAACCCAAGGUGUUUUGUGAUCUGUGCGACGAGCAUAGAGAAGGAUUUCGAGGUGAACAUGAACUACGCCGUCAUAAGGAUGCUAAACAUCAAAUGCUUGUUAAGAAAUUUAUAUGUGUGGAUCCGCAAGAGCUUGGUCUACCUGUCAAUGUUCAGGUUGUAAACCCGCUAUCCAAAUGCAAGGCAUGCAAAGCACAAAAGAAAUACGGGGCAUAUUACAACGCAGCGGCACACCUCAGGCGCACGCAUUUCAAAGAGAAGCCCUCCCGUUGUAAGAAUAAGAAUGCCGGCACAAAUGGCGCCGAUGAGGAUAAGCGAGGUGGCAAAGGUGGCGGCGAUUGGCCCUCUAUGCACGAGCUGAAGAACUGGAUGCGAGAGAUAUACGUGCGGCAAGACGAGCAGCAGCCCAAGGAAGAAGACGAUAUCGACGAAGAGAUUGACAGUGUCCAGCCGUACUUCGGCGAAGGCGAAGUAAGUCCUAACAUCGCCGCCACCUCAUCCUCAAGCUUCGGCUCCCCUGGGAUCGCCAACCUUGACUACAAUUUUGCAAACCCCAUCACAAUCAAUGCAAUGAACGUAGCAGGUCUAGCAUAUAUGGAAGCGAUGCCCCUCUCAUCAGCGGACUUCUCCUUCAAUGGCCCUACAAAUAUGCCUCUAGCUUUCAACGCGGACGUGACAGCAUUUUCGACAAUAGAUCACAUGAACCCGCUAAGCUCAGCCUUGUCGUCGUCGGCUACAGUGACACCCUUGACCGUCUUCAACGAUACGCAACAACACCAGUUUGACGAGGUCAGCUACCAGUAUACUGCAUAAUUCACAUUGCAUAUAGUUCACGCCUUGACUGUCACCAAAAACACUUUCUUUUUUUCGUGUAGACAAGCAUUCACUAAACCGUCAUCACCUUCUCAUGACAACAACAAAACUGAAGACGAAGACACAACAGGCGACGGGAACCAGACAAAAUAGCCAUCUUUGCUUCUUGUUUACUUAUCAUUUGAUUUCCAGCUCUUUCUAGAAUCGUCGUCAAUUCGUAGAAGCUUGGGUUGACUGACGGCGGCUAUUUUCACUGUUUCCCUCCUUUUACUCCCCUUCUCGCUACCAUCACGAUUGUUAUUUCCAUUCCGACCGACUCACUUAUUCACAUUUAUAACCUUCGCAUGUCCCUGGCCAUUUCAUUGCGCGGUAUUCUAUCAUUUUGACUCACAAUCAAAACUGCAGAGGCAGAGCGAGAAAGAAAG